AUGCCUCUCCAUCUCCUAGGAAAGAAAUCAUGGAACGUCUACAAUGCCGACAACAUCGCCCGCGUCCGGCGCGACGAGGCCGAGGCCAAGGCCAAAGAGGAAGCCGAAGAACAGCGCAUGCAAGACCACGAUGCUAAGCGUCGGUUAGCGAUUCUACGUGGAGAAGUUCCACCACCCUACGAGGAACCGGAGAGUGCGGGAGUCGACGGCUGCCUUUCGAGGGUCUCAGAGCAGGCCGGCCUUGGAUACGGUGGUUACAAGGAACGAAAGAAGAGGAAGCGCGCGGGAGAGGAUGAUACGGACUUCGAGCUCCGAGUAGCACGAGAGCGCGCACCAAGGGACGAAGGAUUGCGGAAGACAACUACGUCGAGCUCUGCACCGCUCGUGGGUCGGGAUGGACAUAUUGAUUUAAUUGGGGACGAGAAGGCCUACCGCCACGCCGAGAAGAACCCAGAGGCUGAGAAAGAGGCGGCGCAUUUACGGAGAGAGUACGAGGAUCAAUAUAGGAUGCGGAUCUCGAAUGCGGCUGGCAAUAAGAAUGAACUAGGGAAGAAUCCGUGGUAUACGUCGACGGAUGCCAAAAUUGAGGUUGAGCCUCCAUCAAAGGAUGUCUGGGGCAACGAAGAUCCUCUGCGGAAGCAGCGGGAGGCGGCGAGGUUAGUGUCCAAUGACCCACUCGCCAUGAUGAAAGCUGGCGCGGCAAAGGUCCGAGAGGUUAGGAGGGCAAGGGAGAGUGCGCAGCUGGAACGCGAGGAGGAGCUCAGGAAACUUGAAAAGGAGCAACGUAGACGUGAGAGGCACGUGCGGCGAGAGGAGAGGAGACAUCGGCAUCACGGUGAAGAUAGGCAUCGUUCGAGAGAACGCCAUCGGAAGAGGGAGCGCAGUAGCGAGCCUGGCAGAGAGCGCGACGCCGAAAGUCGACGGCGAAGGAGAAGCUCCUCUCCAAGGCGAGAUCGUGGUCAUCGGGAUGUCCGCAGAGGUGAGCGUGGACAGACUGAGCGACGGCGCGAUUAG